AUGGCGCGCAAACGCUACCUGGUGGAUCAGCUUUCAGAUUCGGGCGAUGAGGGGGCAGCGUCGGGAUCAGAGACGGAGGGAAGGAGCAACGAUCGCCGCCCAACACGCUCAAAGGAGGAAGCUAUUUACGGAGUCUUUGCAGAGUCCGACGAUGAGCAGGGCCAUCCGGGCGGUGGUGGAAGGGGCGGGGCAAGGGGCAAAGCGAGUGGGAGAGGGAGAGGUACAGCGGGGGAUUAUUCAAGAGGACAGGCUUUCGUCUCUGCCACUUCCAACUCGACAUUGCAAGCUGCUCAACAAGCACGUCAAGGCCGCCAAGGGACCGAGACCGGGCGUGGCGAGUCCUCGUCUCGAUCGUCCGCCCAUUCCGAUUCGGACGAGUCGCGCAUGUCCACCUCUUCAGAACAUCACUCACAACUCCUCUCUCGUCCUCUUUCCACUGAAGAAGAGCUUAGCACUCGUCCCGCUUUCCAAGACGUCAAUCUAGGACCCACGGCAGCUGAGGCGGACAUCAUCUCGCGGUCUGCAGCGCAAGCUCAAAGAAAUGAAGGGGACUCCUCUUUUGUUCCCGCCUCUUUCUUGUCCAGUCGGUCGCGCGAACCUGCCGAGACAUCAGCGUCGAGCGGCUCAAGGGGUGGUAUCGGCUCAAAUUCUAGGGCUUUGGAGGAUAAUGGCUGGACUGCGCCGUCUGGAUCUUCCAGGGGUGGAAUGGGGAUGGCCGGUCGCCAUGUGCCACCACCGCGCAAGGCUGCGCCACUGAACGACGAUGUCGACAUGUUAGAGGAAGACCAGAUCGUCAAAGGACGCGCGGGACUACCUGGCUGUUUCGAUGCGCCGCCAAAAUCUCCAGCGCCCUUACUCGGAGCUUCGGUUAGCCACUCGUCGGCGGCGACGCCAGCUUCCAAGAGAUCCUUUGUCGGUGGAGGUGGUUUAGGACACAAAGCAAGAUCUGCGAACUCCCCAGCAGACAUGAAACCCAUCGCUCCUGGUAAGGGCGGCAAAUUUGCGAGCAUGAUGAUGCAGCAGAUGGGCUGGGCAGGUGGAGGAUUAGGAAAAGCGGGAGAAGGAAUCGUCAAUCCGAUAGAAGUGCAGCUAAGACCUGAAAGAGCGGGUAUAGCUUUCGGCGGACGGAAAGAGAAAACGAAGCAAGCCAAGGAGGAAGCGAAGAGAAGAGGGGAGGCAGUCAGUAGCGAUUCGGAGGGAGAAGACAAACAGAGGAAAGGGGGACGCAAGAAGCAAGGGAAACCAUCUAGAAACGAAGCAGAACAUCAGGAUAGGGAGAGGAGAGAAUUGUGGAGUAGACCUGACAGGAAAAUGAGAAGGGUCAAGGUGCAACAUCGGACGUAUGAGGAGAUCAUAGCAGAGGCUGGCGGAAAUGCGCCUUCUGGUCUUGAAGCGGGCAUCGGACCCAUCAUCGAUGCUACCGGUCCUCAGGUGCGCGAAGUGGCCUCUCUCUCUAGCGCUUUGGGAGACAAGGGCAUUCCGACGAGCGAAAGCACGCGUCUGCCGGAGUUGAGGCACAACCUUAGACUGAUCUGCGAUAAUAAUAGGAUCCUGCUCGAAGGUUUGGCGAGAAAGGGCGCGCAGAAUAUCGAGAGACAAAAAUGGCUCGUCAGGGAGAGAGACGAGUCGGAGAGGAGAAGAGCUAAAGCUGCCGUGGAUGCGCGACGCGUGAGAGAGGUCCUCAGUGUCGUUCGAGAUCUUGAAGAGUUGGGCAUACAGAAUGAGAAACUGGUCUCAUCGCGCGUCGAGGAGGAGAUGGAUACGCAACGAUUGAGCGACCUGAUCGGAUUGCUGAAGGAGAAGUAUGGGGACGAGAUCCAAGGGCUGGGAUUGGACGAAGCUAUCGUUGCUGCUGUUGUGCCUUUUGUGCGCACCAGAAUACGGGCCUGGAAGCCACUGCAAGAACCAAGGCAUCUUUUGGAAGAUUUCGAGCCAUGGCAUUCGGUGCUGCAAAGUGUUGAUGAGAGUCGCCACGCUACUAUGAAUGGGCACUCCAAGUCGGAUCCCCUCAUGACGCCAUUCGAAUCCCUGCUUUGGCAUCUGUGGAUGCCCCCCGUGCGCAGUGCUCUCAACAACGACUGGAAGGCACAUCAUCCGGAAGGUGCUAUGCGUCUGCUGGAAGCCUGGCAACCUUUUCUUCCUCGCUUCAUCUUUGAUAAUCUGACCAAUCAGAUCAUCCUACCUCGUCUUUCCGACGCGGUCGAGCAUUGGGAAAUGUCGUCUUCAAAGGCGCCCCUGCAUGCCUAUGUGUUCCCUUGGUUGGAGGUGAUGGGGGAGCAAAUGACGGAUUUGAUGAACGAGGCGAGGAGAAGAGUCAGGGCCGUUCUUAGGAGCUGGCGAGCUAGCUCUGGUCUGCCGGAAGCCUUGCAUUUGGAGAAAUGGAGAGAGGUGAGUGAGCCUCGCAACGUUGAUUGUGCUUGCUGAGAAUAUACCUGACAGGCUUCUUCGCCGCUGAUGGUUUUGCUGCCACGACGCAUUAUGCACAGGUCUUUCAGGACGCGGAUUGGAACGCCAUGCUUCUGGACCAGGUGGUGCCCAAGCUUUCUUCCUACCUGCGUCAAGAGCUGCGCAUCAAUCCAGCAAAGCAAGAGAUGAGACCUUUUCAUCUCGUCCUAGCCUGGCACAUUCACCUCGCCCCCAUCAACACUUCGCGUCUACUAGAAUCCGACUUUUUCCCGCAAUGGCUCGACGUUUUGCAUCUUUGGUUGACGCAGCCCAAGGUGCAAUUCUCCGAAGUGGGCCAAUGGUAUUCUUUCUGGAAGGCGCAAUUUGCAAAGUAUGCAGGCGUGCAGGAAUUGCCAGGCAUCAAGUUGGGUUUCAAGAGGGGUCUGGAUCUCAUCAAUCAGGCUUUGGAACAAAAGACGGCGGAGGGGAGAGCGAGUUUGCCAAAGGCAGACAGUACGCCCUUGUCCAAGUCUCAAUUCAAGAAUGCUCAGCAAGCACACUCCGCCAAUGCCCCCUCCAACUUUGCAAGUCGACGAGGCGCAGCGGCAGAUCCAGCGAGAGCGAGCGCGAAUGCCGAAUCAUCCAUCACCUUCAAACGCGUCGUCGAGGAAGAAGCAGCAAAGUCGGAAUUGCUCGUCUUGCCACUGAGCAAAUCUCAUCCGCUCAACGGAGCGCCGCUACUUCGCAUAUCCCCUCACAUUACUGGAAAGCCCGGCAUCACUUUUUAUAUCGACGACGACGUGGUCUGGGCUGCUGCUGCGUCAGAUGCGGCUGAUCAGUACAGCCCCAUCAGUCUGCAGGAACUUGUCCAGAGUGCCAAGCUCGUCAAAAAGUGA